GGUAACAGUGCAACUUGUACAGUGACAAACUAUUGAUACCACUAAUGAAGACCGCAUAGCAAUGUUUGAUUCAACAAAGGCUGAUCAUUUAUAAGUGUUAAUUGUUUGGAUUCAACGUCUAAUAUUUUACAUCGUGGAUGAUCCAAAUUUGCAGUUUUGUAGCAGAAAAAUCUAGAACUAAGUAUUUUUCGCCGUUGGAAGCAAUAAGGACGAUUCAUCAGAGGUUCCACGUGGUUGUACGCGUGAUCCUUUUCAUUAGUUAUACUCUUCUAGUGUCAUGUAUUUCAUUGUACAUGGAAAAGCUUACUUUCAUAUCGAAAACAGCAAGGGAAAAAGAUCUCCGAAACACGAUUCGACACGAUCCAUUGGCGUUUGUUCCUGACCGAGCAAAUAUUUCUAACAAUCUAGAUUUAAAGAGCAAGGCAGUCGUAAGCAAUUGUAAAAAGAACAAUGAAGAAACUAAAUCUAAACUUGCAAUCGCAGGCCGAUUUUUUCGAAAAGCUGUAAAUCAUGUCCGUGGAACAAAAGCAAGAGAUGCUAUGAUAAUUGCUGGCCAAGCGUUAGAUGAAGUUUUGCGUGCAUUUGAUUUGGAUAGUUUGUCGGUGACGCGCCGUCAUGCACACGAGGCGCACAGUGUGUGUCCAGAGAUUUACAAGGGGGGUAGCUUCGGAUACCCUUUUUAUUACGAAGGAUUUGAGCUGGUCAAGUGUGACCAUCAUAUUCCAGAGGAGCGACUGCUUACAAUAGUUACCCUGUGGGACGAAGGUAGGACAAAUUUGUCCAGAUUUUUAAUGGACGUACAAAAAUACAACCGGAAAUUGUCAGUUAUCGUUGGUUUGUUCGCUGUUGGUGAUUUCCCUAAAGGUAACUAUACGUCUAUUUCUUUAUAUGUUUCUCUUCAAUAUUUCAAAACCGGAACUAGUAAAGGUCAUAUUUGGAAUAAACUUAUUGCGUCUGUAAAUACGCCCUAUGUCCUAGUGGCACGUGACACAAUCAUGUUCAAUAACGACAGUCGAAUACAUCGCCUUAUUAGUGAGAUUGAACGUCUUGAACUGAUUUCCGCUGGUGGUGCAUCUAGGGAUAUCGAUGGCCACUGGAAAAUUGGCUGUCUACAGCGAGCCUACAAAAACAACACUAUUGUGUUAGAGGAAGGAUACCAAGAAUCAGCCCACGAAUGUAUAUUUUGUGAUCAUAUUGAUAGUUCAUUUGUGAUAAGUACAAAAACAUGUAUGGAGAUCAAGUUUGACGAAAACAUCACUGGAGAAGGUAUUUGGGAAGACUUCUUUAUGCGUACUGGUGGAGAAUCGGUCAUUUGUCCAGAUUCCAUGUUUUACGUUAACCCCAUAUCUAGGAGCUCGAAUAUAUCCGACUGGAAGCAAUUUGGGAGAAAAUACAAGUUGAAGAAAAUGAAAUUUAUAUCUUUGAAUUUGGAAUUCGAUUUUGGUUGCCCCAAAGUUUACUCCUGUUUCCGUGACAAGGGGUAUGCGGUUGAAGCUUGUUGUCUACAAGAAUUAACCAAUCUAGUAACGUUCGCCAUGAGCGCAUGCGCAGAGAUGGGUAUCUUUUGUGAAUUAGCGGAGGGUACGGUGUUAGGAGCAGUGAAAUUUCAGAACGUGCUACCAUGGGAACGAGAUGCUGAUAUCGGUAUUCUGAAGGCAAAUUACACAAAGUUUCGAUCCCUUAGAAAGAAAGUCAGUAUAGCAGGGUAUACACUUGUAGACCAAACUAGCAAGGGCCUGUUUGUAAUCAAUAGUAAGAACUGGUUCAUUGAAAUAUACGGACAACGCACGGUAGACACUGAAAUACUAAUUGACCAGAAAUUAGCACCGACUAAAUUGCUAUUCCAUGGUCAGUGGGUGAAUGCACCGAGAAACCCUGGACUGUACGCAAGAAAUAGAUAUGGACAUGAACUAUAUCGGCACGCAGAGCAUUGGAGGACCACAGGAUAUACCAGCGGUUUCAUAAAUUAUAAAACCGACGGUUUCGCACCUUGCAAUAAAACCGGAUCUCAUAACUGUCUGGAUCGUUACAACGGUGACGGAAACCUCCAGUUUUCCGACCCAAUCCCUUGAUCAUGUUUUAUAUAUUCACACCUCUUAAAAAACAAUUUCUUACAACCAAGUUAUUCUUAUGAACAAAAUCCUAAACAACAUGGCUCUUCAUUACUUUAACCAUUGACAUUUAAUCAAGAGCUUCUAGAUCUUCUGCUUGAAAUGUAUGUUAUAUGCAAACUUGUUUUACUAAUAUUUUAAAAGAUCAUUUACAUACUUUUGAAUUAUUUACCUGCAUAUGUGGAAAACUGGAAAAAGCUCUUGUCGUUCAAUAAAUGUAGCGCGCAUUAUGUUGUUUGCAUGCAAAGCUGUGUCAUUCAAAUAGAUCAUAAAUACCAUACAAAAAGUCAGUUGAGAGGGUCAGUUUGGAGAUUUCCUUGUCAGAUAUAAGGGUCCAGUAGCUGAGUAGAAAGAUAUACGGUCAAAGGUUAUGAGCCUCAGUGGUGUGGUAUCUUCAGGCAUCAAAGGGUUAGAUAUAUAUAGGUUUGUGGUCAUUCUGAGAGGGGUUAGAUAUAUAUAGGUUUGUGGUCAUUUUGAGGGACUGGUGUAUUGAUAGGUAUGAGGUCAUUACUGGGGUAAAGGGGAAGGACCUGCUGAACUAAUGACUUGGUUAGUUGCUGGUAUAAAUAGAUUUCCUAGCUAUACAUCAUGAUCUAUUAUUAGACACCACCCCUGUAUUUAGUACAAUGUGGUUUCCAUAGUUUGUAUUUAGAUGUAGCUCUAUCUUUAGUGUAUCUUGUCUCUAGUUAUAUUUAGUAAAUGAUGUCAUUGGCUAAGUUUAGUAUGGCUUUUAGUAUACUUAGUUAAUGAUGUCAUCGUCUUAGUUUAGUAUGACUUUGAGUAUAUCUAGUAUAUGUUGUCAGUAUCGUAAAAUAGUCGUACAUAUAUAA